CAACUAAAUCAAAUAAUAAUUAACUUAUUGCCCAAUAAAAUAAAUUAUUUUAUUAUUUUAUCAUGACAUUGAUGUUUAUUCUAAUGUGGGACAACAUCAAAACAUGCAUUCCAGAAUUUCCAGUUAAGAACAUUUCUAAAAUGCGAAUGCAUUCAAAUGCUUCCCUAAUAUUUUGCUCUCUUCAUACGGAUUAAGAAUUAGAUAAGCAUCCUUGUUUUAAAGACUUUUAGAGGCCGUUAAAAGGAACAACCGAAAUUCUCCUUUGAAGGGAUUUAAUCCAAGUGAAAGCCCAGCGCCCCAGAGCUUUGGAGCACAGCUGUCAAUCAACUGUCUGGCACCUCCCACUGUUGCCGCUCGUCCUAUAAAGAGAGCCAGCGACUAUGAGGGGAAUAUCAUUUAAACACCAGAGCUCAGGGAGUAAGGAUGCCUGCUUCACCAACCGGGUUUGGAAACUUCUUCAUGGACAGAAACAUUAACAUGCCCGCUGGAUAUCAAUUAUUGGGCUGCCCACCAGGAAUGCAACAGCCACCGGCACAUAUGGUGGGCAUGACUGGGAUGCCCUUACCUUUCUCAGGAAUACCAGGGUACAGUUUCAUCCCAUACCCUCAUCCAGGACACCUGGCACACAUUAGCAAUGCUUAUGAUAUCAAGACUGCAUCAUCGUAUCACCAAGCUCUUCUCAGUCGUGGUGGACCCUAUUACGCUCCGUAUCGCCCCAUGCCAGCGGAUGACCCCAGCCGGGUAACCAAAGUGGCCACCCGGGAGAGCACGAGCGCAUUGAAAGCCUGGCUCAGCGAGCACCUGAAAAAUCCAUAUCCCACCAAAGGAGAAAAGAUCAUGCUUGCCAUCGUCACCAAAAUGAGCCUCACACAAGUUUCGACGUGGUUCGCCAACGCUCGGCGUCGCCUCAAGAAGGAGAACCGGGUCAGCUGGGCCUCCAAAGGAAAGUCUGACGAGGAGGAUGAGGAAGAGGACGGUGAGAGCGAAGAAGAGGGUUCAUUGAGAAAAGACGCAGAAGAUGAGGAUGAGAUCGAUCCUCAGACAAUUGAUGAGGAGGAUGUAGAUGUGUCAAACGAGCGUCUAGCAGAAGGACUUGACCAUAAGGAAAGUGUGAAGUCCGAGACUUCAUGUGAAAACAGGAGCGAAGUGUGUAAGCAAGAUGCUGAAGUCCAAAAACCCAAAAUAUGGUCGCUUGCUGAAACCGCGACCUCAGACAUUGUCAAGAAACCAAACGAUAUGAAACUUCUUCCAGAUUUUGGGAAAUGGUGGGCUGGCUGGCCUUCAAGGGAAACAUAUUCGCCUGUCAACCUCUCCACACACGAUCUUCUCAAGCAGAAAUAAUUCAUGAAACGGGUUUUUCUAAGACACUAUAGACUCAAUCUUGCACUUUAAAACCUUUAAAUCCUUGGGAACUUUAUUGUUGUGGAAGUUUGCCUACAAGAUUUAUUGCAAUGGCUGGUUUAAAAACCAAAGUUUUGUGUGUAAAUAUUGUACAUUUAUUUUGUUUAAAUUAUAAAU